AUGGUUGGAAAUGGGAUACAGUGCAUAGGUCCUAGUAUAUGUGGCUGUUCUACAAACUGUCAUCAAGGUACAUGUUGGAAUGGUCAGUGUGAAUGUUUUGAAGGCUACAGUGGACAUGACUGUUCUAGUUUUAACCCAAAUAUCAUGGCAAAUAAGGAUGUUUCUGUGGGUAUGAAUCUUGGCGGUCUCUCUUACUAUUCAUCUGAACUAAACUUUGUUGAUAUUGCUAAACUUUCUCAGUCCUGGAUUACACAAAGAACCAGUGGACCCAACGCAAAUAAAUGGGAUACAAAUGAACAAAAUUUGGUGAAUUGGAGAAAUGAUGGAUACCCUGCUUCUCUACCAGAUAAUAUGAGAUUAGGGAAACUGAUGUUAAGAAGUACCAUCGGCCUCUAUGCUCCAAAAGGGAAUUACACUCUACUGUACGACGGAGAGGGCGACAUAUCUUUUAGAUUUGCCCAUGAACACAUCAUGUUUAAUGGCAAAGGUAGAAUGGUUAUUAACAUAAACGAAGGAAAAGCGGGCAUUGAACUUAUUCUCAGCAAAACAAAUCCAGCCAACCCUGUUCGUAAUGUUCGUUUUAUUAUGCCAGGAUUUGAAGAUCGAUACGAGAAAUUUCCAUUUUAUCCACCUUUUUUGGAAACUAUUAAACGAUAUUCUGAACUACGUUAUAUGGACUUUUUACACACCAAUGGACAUACGCCUGAACCUACAACAUGGGACGAUAGACGCAAACAGGAACAUCAUACAAACACGGGAUCAGAAGGGGCUGCCAUUGAACAUAUGAUAGAUUUAAGCAAUCGGAUUGGUGCAAGUCCGUGGUUUAAUAUGCCUCAUGCUGCGGAUGACAACUUCAUCACACAGUUUGCUAAGCUAGCAGAAAAGACCCUUCGGAAUGAUUUAAAGAUUUACAUUGAAUAUUCAAACGAAGUAUGGAAUGGAAUUUUUCGACAGACUCAUUAUACCCAGGAACAAGGCAUGAAACUCCACCUAGAUUCAAAUACCCGGAAAGCAGGAUUGAGAUACUAUAAUAAGAGAUCUUCCGAAAUCAUGCAAAUUUGGAAAACGGUUUUCGGAUCACAACCUGACAAAAUUGUACCAGUUUGGGCAUGGCAGACAGGUUACCAAGACUACACAAGACAAGCCAUUGAAGAUUUGGGAAAUAGAACACGAAUUUUCAAAGCAAUAGCUAUUACUGGUUAUUUUGAUUGCAAUAACCUCGCAGGCAAGCAUAAAAAUGGACUUAAACUUCUGAUGUACGAAGGCGGACCAUCCAUUAUGGAAGGCAGUGCCAUUGCCCACGGAAUUAGUCAUGACGACGUCACAAAUAAAGCAAUCGCAUUUAAUAGAGAUCAACAUAUCAAGUCUGUAGUAGAUAAUCUUCUUGAAGCUUGGAAUAAGAUUGUGAAAAAUGAUCCACAAAAUUCACCACCAGGUGGGUUGUUCAAUUAUUUUUCCUCCACUGGUAAUCCAUCGAAAUAUGGCAGCUGGGGAAUGCUUGAAUACACAGGACAAGAUCCUGCAACAGUACCUAAGUAUGUAGCGACUCAGAGUUUCAUUACUCGUCAUUAUAGUCAUAACCCUGUAGACAUACCGUGCAGUUUCCUUCAGCACAAGUCCCUUGGCUAUGGUUGUUUCUUGCAGAAACGCGGAUCUCUUCAUUGGCAUUGUGCUGUAACGGACGAUGAUGGUGUCACUUGGUCGUACUACCCAGACGUUGGCAACACUGGAGAUACUCUUGUACUAGAUGGAUUUAACCCUACUACACAUACAGUGUAUGUCAGAUCUGUAAACAAGAUAGGGGUAAACAAAUAUCAUAACAUGGACACAAGAACAGCACAUACCUGGAAAACGUAA